AUGGCCCAAACAAAUUAUACGCCACGUCAAAUUUUUAUGUUGACGAGGCAAGGCACGAGAACUCCGAGUACAGCCUUUUUCGACGAUUCUGUAGCGAAACUGAUAAAAUAUAAAACAAAAAUUACCGAUCGUACUAAAUUGCAUGAGAAUGAUAUCCAAGCCAUCGAAAAUUGGGUACCAGCCAUUGACAAGACUGGUGACAGUAGUUUAAUACGAAAAGGCCGCAAUGAAAUAAAAAAACUGGCAAUACGAAUUCGUCAAGCUCUUCCAAAUCUAUUCAAACGGCAGUACGACUCCGACAGUUAUGAUGUUUUGACCACGCCGGAAACGCGGUGUGUACUUACGGGUCAAACAUUUAUACAAAACGUUUUUCAAGAUGAAACUAUCACCAAUAUUCCUAUAUGUGACCCUACGGAUAUUCUUCUAAUGAUUGAAGAUCUGAAGCAGACCGAUACGAAUUGUGAAGAGACAGGCACGUAUGAUAAGAAUCAAAUAAUCAAAUUUUGGGCAGGCAACAAUAUGGCUGAUGUCAUGCAAAGGGUUGCUGUUAAAAUGGGCAUAGAUUCUACAGAACUUGACCCCGAGAUCAUAACCAUCAUGUACGAGGUGAGUGUCUACGAAUCGUCUAUUGACAAAAGUGCGAUUUCGCCUUGGUACAGUGUAUUCUCUCAAGAAGACCUUGAAAUUUUGGAGAACGCCGAUGACAUUUUUUGGUACUAUUUAACUGGUUAUGGAAACCCUUUUAACGCAAAACUCGCUUGUCCGAUGGCCAUACGUUUAGAAGAAAGCUUCAAGAAAAAAAUCAACGGAGAAGGACCAGAUGGUGUAUUCUACUUUGCACACAACACUAAUAUAUUGAGUUUGUGCAUCAUGUUAGGCCUAGGUGACGGUGACGUUCCUCUUACGUUCUCCAAUUACAAAUAUAUGAAGGACCCUAAUUGGAGAAGUUCGAGGUACGGUCCAUGGGCUGCAAAUUUUAUGGUUGUGUUUUUGGAGGGCCCUCAGAAAUAUUAUAAAGUAUCAUUUUAUUUCAACGAAAAACUUACUCCUAUAACGUUACAUGAUGGUUCGUCGUGUACAGAAUGUCCAUGGUUGGAUAUUCAACAUAAUUUAUUGGCGUUUAUAAGCGACAAUGACUGUGUCAACUUUGUAGCUACAAAUACCGUAAAAAACUAUAAAGAUACAAAUCCAUACUGGUAUUCAAGCACGAAAACCACGUACAAAUUGGUUUCCGCCAAAGAAAUCAUUGUACCACAUCUAGAUUAUAAACCCAUUCAGAUAGUUACUUUAAACAGACAUGGUACGACAUCGUCAACGCGUUAUUUUACUACUAAAAUGUUACCUUUGCUUGAGAAUUUGAAAGAAAAAAUCACCAAAAAAGCUAAAAUGACCCAAUUGGAUAUCCAAGCUAUAAAGGAGUGGCGCCAAAGUAGUGAAUACAAGCUAAACGAUAAAGAUUUGGUCCAAAAAGGUCGUGAAGAAAUAAAGCAAUUGGCACUGAGAAUUGAGAACAUUAAAAAACCAGAGUACGAGGGAGAGUCUGAAAAUCAAAAAUUCAAAAACUCUGAUUCUAUGAAAAAAGUUGUUAAAAGAGUUAAUGUUAAAAUGGGGUCUGAUGAUAUUAAUUAUUAUGAAGUAAGCAUUAUGUUUGAAGCAUGUCGCUACGAAAGGUCUUUUUAUGAUGAAUCGAUCCCCCCUUGGUGUAGUGUAUUCUGUCAAGAAGACUUAGAAGUUUUGGAGUAUCUUGAUGAAUUGCUUUGGUCCUAUUCUAUUGGAUACUCAACGCCGUUCAACAUAAAACUCGCAUGUCCAAUGGCCAUAAGACUCCUGAAGACUUUCGACGAAAAAAUAAAUAAAAAAAAAGGACCCACUGGUUCGUUUCACUUUGGCCACAGGACUAACGUUAUGAGCUUACACGUCAUGUUGGGGUUGGGCAAAAACGAUAGUCCACUCACGUCAUCAAAUUUUGACGAUAUGAGAAAUCGCAAAUGGAGAAGUGCCAUGUUCAGUCCGUGGGCUGCAAAUUUUAUGGCCGUGCUUUUCGAAAACGCUAAUAAAGAUUAUAUAGUAGCAUUUUAUUUCAACGAAAAUAUCACAAGCAUAACUUUAGGAGUCGGUUCGCAGUGUACAGAAUGUCCGUGGUCGGAUAUUGAAAAGAAAUUGCAAGCAUACAUAAUUGUUUCUAGACAAAAUAUCAUUGAGGGUUCCAAAUCACAAACACUAGCUCGUUGCGAUUCCGAAAGUCAUGUAUUUUUUGAUUUGGAUCCAGGAUAA